AUGGAAUAUCAAGAGAAAAAAUUAUCUGUUUUUGAAUCGUUAACAGCUGAUUUGAGUGGACAUACUGCUGACUCUUGCACCAAUCCCACACCAUCUGAACCUCAAAAUGACAUAUCCUGCCACUCUCCUUCACUACCACAAUUACCAGCUUCUACUUCACUCAGCGGUACCUCUUCUUCCCCCCUGUUAUCUUCUGAACCUCUGUCGAAUAACUUAUCAAUAUCUGAUCAAACUAAUGCUGAAUCACCAUCUAACCCUACACUUCCUCACUCAUCUCAUGGCCAAAAAAGAGCUAUAUCCUCUGACAGUAAUGUUGACACCCCCAGCCAGCUAUCCCCCACAGAAUCUCCAUUACCAACAGACAACCAAAUGCCCCCCCCCCCAUCAUAUAAAACAUCACACAACACAACUAAGCCUUGUAAGAAAAAACCUAAAACGCUAGUCACCGAAAAUCCUAAACUCACUCUCAAUUCUCAAAUCUCUAUUCAGAACCUUUAUAAGAACAAUCCGUCCAAUCUCACGCUCUCUGAAAUCCAGUUAACGGCAUUUUUAGAAAACUCGCACGGUAGUUCUGAUCCUCUCAACGAUGCUUUAGAAUUUACUACUAAUAUCCAAGGACUGUUAAAUGAUUUAUCACUUCUUUAUGCCGAAACAAAAGAGCGAUCUCUGAAAAACCGUCUCACUCGACUCCAGAAAAAACUUAAGAGACAACUUAAUCCUGAGGAUCUAUCUGAUAACAAAAGCGUUUCUUCGGAUAAUCAAACAGAUGAUGAACACCCUAAACUAUUAACUCCCUAA